UUUUAGAGCCAAAUUUAACUAACCUCAAGGCCAUAAAAUAUUAUUUUUUAUCUCCCGUAAACAAAUUAUCUUAUUUUUAUAGAGCUAUAAUUUUUAUUUUUAAAUUUAAAAUUCGAAACUUUUUACAUUUGGGUGAAUUAAAUUCAUAAUCAUAAUCAAAACCAAAAAAUACGGAAAAAUGGAUAAAUCUAACCAAGCAUCAAAGAACGUGGGUGACAAGAUAAACCAAAUCGGAUCCGACAUCGGCAGGGGUCUCAAAGAGGGCGGCAAUAAAAUUGACAAGGGAGCGAGCAAUCUUCAAAGCGGCAUAAGUCAGGCGCAAAACUCUGCCAAGUCUGGAGCCAACACCAUAUCGGAUAACAUCGAGCACGGUAUCAAUCAGGCCGGUCAAGGUCUCAGACAAGGAGUAGGAGCCUGCCAAUCACACGCUAAGAGCGGCGCGAAUACAAUAUCCGACAACAUAGAGCAUGGGUUGGAUCAGGCAGGUCAAAAUAUGAAGCACGGUGCAGAAACCGUAAAACACGGAGCUCAGCAAGCCUCCGAUAAACUAAAACACUCGGGUCAGAACGUGUCUGAUAGCAUAAAACACUCGGGUCAGAACGUGUCUGAUAGCAUUAAACAAACGGGUCAUAAUGCGGCGGAAAAUAUAAAGCACGGGGCUAAUCAAGCUGGAGAGAACCUUAAACAUGGGGCUAAACAAGCCGCUGAUACCGUGAAACACGCCGGGCAAAAUGUAUCUGAUACCAUGAAACACGCCGGCCAAAACGUAGCUGAUAAGGCCAACGCUGGUGGGCACACUUUUACCGAGAACAUUUCGGAAGGAGUGACGUCCGCGGCUCAAAAGGUUAAGGACGGACUUAAAUCCGCUGCAGAGGGAGUCGAAUCGGCGGCCCAUAAGAUUACCCAAACUUUAACCGGGAAAUAAAAUGGUAUAAAGGUCAAGAUAUAAUUUCUUUACAAUAGUAGAUGGUCUUAAAAUUAACCAAAAUUAUUUUUUUGUUUAAAAUUAUAUAAUAUAUACAUCUUAAUUUUUUUUAAAAAAAUUAGGCUUCAUACGCAGGCUUAAAAUAAACAUAAUAUAAAAUUUAGAAAGAGUAUUUUAUUUACACCAAAAUUAUAUUAUAUUUGGAAAAUUAGAUUUAUUAUUGUUCUUAACUCGGUUUUAUUUUAAUAUGACCAUUUACUCAUUCCUUUAAAAAUUAUGAUAUUAGUAUCGAUAAAUAGAUUUUAAAAAUCAAUUAUACAAUUUAUUUGGCACACUUAAUAUUAUAAAUGUUAUUUCAAUUUUAAAAUCAAUAAAAUAUUAUUUUUUUAAAAUAAA